AUGAAGCCCAAUGAGCAACCGAAGGAGAAGCCUAUCCCACAAAAAGAAAGCCCAAAGGGAGAGGAAUCUACAAACAUGUGUCUAGCCCAAGCUAAAGUGGCAAAGGUGAUCCAAAAUACAAACAAGGAAAGAGGCUCAUUUAGAAGCGAAAAUUCUAGAGAUGAAAGCAACAGCGACAAUGAAGAUGUGUUUUGGAAGGGGCACAAAAUGGAAAGAGGUCGCAUAGAAGACUGGAUUGGCAAACAGUUAGAGGAGAUGAGUUCAAAAAGGAAAAGGAGGGUGAGGCGAUGCAGCUCGGUGUAUUUAGAAACCAGUGUAAGGGAUGUAAGAGCAAAAAGAAAAAGAGGAAGAGGGAAACAAAGCACGCAACAAAUGGAAGGGAAACCAAUUCCAACAUUCCUACCAAACCCAAAUGGAAAAGUUGUCGGAGAUUCAAUUGGAGAUAGUGGUAUACAGAAUUGUAACAGAUCUCUGAAGAAGCAGUGGCAAAACAAAUUGGCCAAGGAGAUUUGGGAUCUGGCGACACAACUCGGAGCAAUGGCAGAAGACGAUAAUGAGGUGAUCCAAAGAAUUGAAGAGAUGGAGGUUAGAGAUAGACAAGCAAGCUUAACCAUGGUGAACCGAGAUGAUGAAGCCAAUAAGAAGGGGACAGAUGAUAUGGAGUGGGUUUCAAAGCCAUUUAAUGGCAAUUCAGGAGGCUUGCUUUGUGUUUGGAAUUCCAAAGUGCUCAAGAAGGAAGAGGUUAUAGAGGGAGAUAAUUUUAUUGGGGUGUUUGGGUUGUGGGGAGCAGAAAAAACACCUGUGUACAUUUUAAAUGUGUACUCACCUUGUCAACUCGCAAGCAAGAGAGCCUUAUGGGAGCAGUUGCAAGGCUUAAUAAAUAACAGAAGGGGGAACUGGUGUUUAGCAGGGGAUUAUAAUGCUGUGAGAAGGCUGAUUGAUUUGCCGUUGGUGGGGAGAAAAUACACCUGGUAUAAUUCUAAUGGACAAUACAUGAGCAGGAUUGACAGAUUUUUAUUAUCUGAAGAAUGGACCACAAAAUGGAGUGAUGUGAAACAGUGGGGGUUGAGGAGGUCAGUUUCAAACCACUGUCCUGUUUUGCUGAGGAAUGAAUGUGUUGACUGGGGCCCAAAACCAUUCAAAUAUUAUGAUGCUUGGCUUGAACAACCAGGAUGCAAGGAGGUGAUCACAAAUGCAUGGACCAACAAUGAAGUGAGUGGAUGGAAUGGAUUUAAGCUCAAGGAGAAACUGAAAAGAACAAAACAAGUGCUUAAAGAGUGGAGUUAUCAAAUGAACACAGAGAUGGACAGCAAGAUAAAGGAAGCCGAAACUGUUAUUGCUGCAAUAGAUAAGAAAGGAGAACAGAAUCAAUUGUCGGCUACUGAUGUAGACAAAAGGAGAAACAACUUUAUUGAUCUAUGGAAGAAUUUGAGAAUUAAGGAGAGGAUGUGGCAACAAAAAUCAAGGAAGCUAUGGUUAAAAGAAGGGGACGCGAAUACAAAAUUCUUCCAUAAAUGUGUGAAAGGAAGAUGGAGAAGAAAUGAGAUCAGUAGUAUUCGGAUCAAUGGGAAACAAUAUACAGAAGUGGAAGAAAUAAAGGAAGGGGUUGCCAAGUACUUCCAAGAAAUGUUUACAGAAGAAAAAUGGAAGAGACCUAAGCUAGAUGGGAUAAGCUUCAAGCAAAUAACAAAGGAAGAUAAUGAGCUCCUCACAGUAGCAUUCUUGGAACAGGAAAUUAAAGAAGCAAUAUGGAAUUGUGACUCAUCCAAAGCUCCAGGUCCAGAUGGAUUCAACUUCAGAUUUAUAAAGAUGAUGUGGGAGGUCAUAAAACCAGAUGUGGUUGGCUUUGUACAAGAAUUCCAAAAACAUGGUAGGCUCGUCAAAGGGUCAAAUGCCUCUUUCAUUGUGUUAAUCCCAAAGACUGAAAGCCCCCAGGGAAUUGAAGAAUACAAACUCAUCUCACUAAUAGGUGUUAUGUACAAAGUCAUCUCAAAAUUACUAACAAACCGAUUGCGUAAGGUGUUAUCCAAGGUAAUCGGGGAGCAACAGAUGGCUUUCAUCAAGGGAAGACAAUUAGUGGAUGGAGUAGUGAUUGCAAAUGAAGUUAUUGACGAAGCCAAAAGGAAGAAGAAAAAGUGUUUUCUAUUUAAGGUAGAUUUUGAGAAAGCAUAUGACAAAGUGUGUUGGGAGUUUAUAGACUAUAUGAUGAUGAGGAUGGGGUUUAGUGCAACCUGGAGAAAAUGGAUACAGGAAUGCCUAAAAUCAAGCUCUGUUUCAAUUCUCAUAAAUGGUAGUUCGACGAAACAAUUCUCAGUUAAUAGAGGCAUCUGCCAAGGUGACCCGCUGUCCCUAUUCUUAUUCUUGAUUGUUGUAGAGGGAUUGAAUGAUCUAGUGUCAUCGACAGUGGAGAAGAAAAGAAAUAGUCAACUGAUGGGAGUAGGAGUAGAACAAAACUGGAGAUCUAAAAUGGCCUACCGACUGUGUUGUAAAGAAGGAGAGUUCCCAUUUAAAUAUCUAGGAAUUCCAAUUGGUGGGAGUCAUAGAAGAGUAGCCAUGUGGCAGCCACUGGUAGACUCUGUUAAAAGGAAGCUGGCUAGUUGGAAGGGUAGACAUCUAUCUAUGGGAGGUCGCAUCAUGCUUAUCAAUUCAGUGCUAUCAAGUUUGCCCGUAUUCCUGAUUUCAGUCUUCAUAAUCCCAAAAGAAGAAGGGGGCCUAGGAGUGAAGGACUUAAGGAAAUUUAACAUGGCGUUGGUGGGAAAAUGGUGGGGUAGGCUUGCAGAAAAUAGGGAUAGCUUGUGGAAGAAAUUUCUUGUUGAGAAGUAUGGAAAGAGAGGGGGACACUGGCAAGAUUGGAUUAUUGGAAAUAAUGGUGCAAGGUCAAUAUGGUGGAAGGAUGUCUGUGGUUUGAACACUAUGGAUGGGGAGUGUGUAGGCUGGUUGAGGGAAGGUUUUAGAAUUAACAUAGACGCACAUGUGCAACCAAAUGGGAAGCGAAAGAGACGGAUCAUGGGAAUGGAAUCUAACAUGGAGGAGAAAGUUGUUCGAGUGGGAAGCAGAAGAGACGAUGGAACUGCAGAACAUGAUAAAAGAUAUGAAGCCUACGCACUGUUAACAAAAAAGGAGAAAGGAUCAACCGGAACUACAAUCUUUACAAGAAUAUGGAACUUCGCCCUUCCAAGCAAAAUUUCAGCUUUCAAUUGGCAACUACUAUUGGAUAGAAUACCAACUAAAAAGAACCUGUUGAGAAGAGGGAUCACCAAAGACAUGAGAGAAAGCAAGUGUGAAAUAUGUGCUGAAGAAGAAGAGGACACAACGCACUUGUUCUUAAGUUGCAGGAUCGCUCGAUGGCUAUGGAAGGCCUGUGCAAAGUGGUGGGGGACUAAGUUUUCAUUGGAAGUAGACUGUCGAAAUACCUUUCAAAAAUUAGGAGAGCCAAGCAUCAAAGAAGGGUGGGAUUGCAUAUGGAAUUCAUUUGUUUAGUCUGUGUGGUUGGCUCGAAACCAAAAGAUUUUCCAAGGCAAAGAGAUCAAUCCAGGGAAGCUUCUUGAACUCAUCCAACUGAGAUCCUAUCUUUGGAUUAAAUAUAAAAAUGAUAAAAUGAAAAGCAGCCUCUUCUCGAUAUCAGAUUGGCUCCAAGAUCCAGUAUCUUGCUUAAGAGAUGCUACAGCAAGAAGAUGGCAAAAUAGGGCAAUAAAUCAAGGUUAAAGAU